AUGGCAUUUCUUGAAAAUGACGACGCCAUGCGCGCUUUUGAGGCAGCACUGUCGUUUGUGGAGCAGUACUCAAUUGAUACUUCUGUAUUUACGUCAUCCCCUGCUACAAAUGGUGCCUCUUCAGCUACUACUACUAUGUCGUCGUCUACAAUGUCCUCGUCAGUCUCUGACAUUGAGCUCUUAUCAUCCAAUAGCACACCACUCGAAUUAACCUUAGGGGGUGAAAACCUUGUGUCCAUGGAAACUGUGAGAAACACUAACAUCACAUCUCCGUCUUCUCCAUCAUUACAGCUAUUGAAUGAGGUACCUAUUAGACUUGAAUAUGGUCUACCCAUGCCAGGACAAAAGAGAAAGCCGAUUAUUAAGAAUAGGAAAAAGACGACUGGACCAAAGAAGUCUGUGACUAGAGGUGAUCCGAACAAAGCCAGAAACGAGCGGAAGAUUGAGCUAGCUUACCUUAGGGAAAAGGUAAAGCAGAUGGAGCUGGAAUUGAGAGCGCUUAAGCUCCAUCCAAGAGCGCAAACGAACGCUAGUGGUCGUGAUAGCGAGAAACAAGAGACUGUGUCUACGCAACAGACAGUUCAGAUACCAACAGUAUGGAAGGAACUGGCGUGUCGUCAACGCAGAAGGAGGGAGAAAGUCGAGCGAGAGAACGUUCGACUUAAACUUAUUUUCGAGAAUCAGAUUAAGAUGGCAAAGGGGUUGGAGAGUUUGCUACAGAAGCGAUUAAAACAACAGAUUAUCGAGUGCUCGAGCUUGUCACAGACGAAGCAAUCCAAGUAUUCUCAGGGACGCACAUUGGACUUGCGCGCUGAUGUGAAUGACUUUAAGGACUUGCUGGCGCAUUUGGAUAGAGCGUAUCGGGAGGUGGACACUGUGUUUGCUGUGAAUGGAAUGGCAACGAGCGAGAUCACGCAUCGCGACGCUCGGAUGCGCGAAGGCGCUGACCACAUGUACCUCGAUAUCUAUGCAAACAAAGUCAUGCCUUUUGGCAUGCACGCAACGGCACAAGCGGUGUGGGACCACUUUAAGGGAGCAGAGAAACAUCGCGGUAACAUGUACGAAGGAAAGGUGGCAAGGCGCUUGGCGACACCAGAUGCACCGGAUACGAUCAUUGAAGACUUUGCAAAGGAGUUUUUUGCCGACAACGCACGUGCAGAUUUUCAUGCAAAGCAGGUACUGCGACGAUAUGUGGAAGACGACCGCGAGAUCGUUAUCUGGAUAGCGAGUGUCGUUCCGCUCGAGUUUGACGAUCAGCGUGUUAGGGGUCUUGGUUUUCGUCAUCAAGGAUACGCUCUCACUAAAAAAGCGCAGGUAUCCACGCCAUAUCAUGAAUUUUCACUCCUGCAAUUAUGCUCACUGGUGUCGCCGGAGAAGGAGAGUCAUACAGUAUAUGACCCUGCAGCUGUGCGUGCACUAACAGACUUCAUGUUGGGAACCGUGGCGGGCAACAUCACGGCUAGCCAGGAGCUCAUUGAGAACGUAUUAAUGGAUCAAGGUGGUAUAGACAUAACAUCAAUUAUUGAUGACUAA